AUGAGUCGCAAUUUUGUCCCUGCUCUCCUCGCUAUCGGCGUGGGCGUCUUCACUGGCUACUACACUUUCCAGCCGACAUUCCAGCAGCUCCAAUACGAGAAAGAGCACGCCCAGAAGACCUCCCCCUUAUCUGAUACUUUGGCUCCAAAGCAGGACACGGGUGUUGCCGCCAAUGCCAAAUCUCACCAAGAUCCCAAGUCGACGACACAGUGA